AUGGAAGACAGCAGCGGGUGCUCUUCAACGAUUACGUCGAAGGCGUGGACCGCUGUCGGUCUGGAGACGUUUGUGCCGUGCCGCCUUCCGGACUACUACGACCAAAAGCUGCGGGCAAAAGAGGUUACGUACUGUGAAAUGUGGUACAUCCCUACCGACGCGCUGCUUGCCAUGUGCGACGUUGCAAUACAGCUCCGCUGCGCGCACGCAGCUACGCAACUCUUGGGUAGUGACACGAGUCGCCUCGCGCUAGCAUCCGCGCUACGCACAUGCCCUUGCUUCGCUGGAGUUUCCGAGGCUGCCAUCACUGCCGUCGCUCAAGCUCUGCAGGCGCGUGUGUACUGGGCAGGUGACACGAUCGUCGCCUCAAAACGAUCGCCUAGAACGGGCAUUCUCGUGGUAGCGGGGAUGGUGUUCGUGCACUCGGACAAGAAAACACCUCCCCAGCGCCUGUGCACGGGCCAAUCUCGCUACUUCUGCGAAUGCUUUGUGAAGAUGGCGCUAGAGGAGUCGGUGGUCUCGCAGAGCAACUCUAUUGUGUUGCACGGGUCUCCUGGAAUAAUACUUGAACUUAUGGAGGAACUCAAACCCGCGUCGGACGACAUUAAGAUCAUGCUUGACAGUGCACAAGAAUACGUGAAUGGCCGAUAUGGGACUGGGGCCAGCGACCUCAGCAAGGCGCAAAAUGCUGCAGCCGAGCGUGUAAGGGACUUUAAGCGCCGCUGCGCGGAAGCUGCGUCGACAACGUCUCCACCAGGCUCCAACACCGACACCCUCGCCUUGCUGGAGAAUGAACUCCUGGUCAGCCUGACAUUGUAG